AUGCUUGCUACCAACCUCACGCGCCGUGCUGCUGGCGUCAGCGUAGGUGCCCUCCGCUCGCUUUCCGUCUGGUCCUCCGUUCCUGCUGGACCUCCGGACCCCAUCCUUGGCGUCACAGAGGCGUUUAAGGCCGACAAGGAUCCUCGGAAAAUCAACCUGGGUGUUGGCGCGUACAGAGACGGCCAGGGAAAGCCCUACGCUGAAGCAAUCAUCGAGGCUUCGAGCCCCGACAAGGAGUAUCUCCCCAUCACGGGUCUCGCGGAGUUCACACAGAACGCAGUCAAGCUCGCUUAUGGUGCAGAUAGCGCCCCAGUCAACGCGGGUGUCGUCUCUGCCACCCAAUCCAUCUCUGGCACUGGAGCGCUCCGCAUUGGUGCUGCUUUCCUAGCUCGCCACUACCCUCAUGCCAAGGUCGUGUAUCUCCCCAACCCAUCAUGGGGCAACCACACGCCUAUCUUCAAAGACUCUGGCUUUGAAGUCCGAAAAUACUCCUAUUUUGAUCCUGCUACCAUCGGACUCAACUUCGAGGCACUGAAAGCGGAUUUGCUGCUCACGCCCUUCAAGACCAACGCACCGGAGCACUCUGUUGUUCUGCUGCACGCCUGUGCUCACAACCCCACUGGCAUUGACCCGACUCCUGAACAAUGGGCCGAGAUCUCUGACAUCUGCAAGGAGAGGAAGCUCUUCCCCUUCUUCGACAUGGCAUACCAAGGAUUUGCGUCGGGCUCCACGUCUCGUGAUGCCUUCGCUGUCCGUCACUUUGUUUCACAAGGUCACCAGAUCGCUCUUUCGCAAUCAUUCGCCAAGAACAUGGGUCUCUAUGGUGAACGUGUCGGGGCCUUCUCACUCGUGACCAGUGACCCCGAGGAGAAGGCUCGCGUCGACAGUCAGCUGAAGAUUGUCAUCCGACCGAUGUACUCGAAUCCUCCCAGCCACGGCGCUCGCAUUGCGAACACGAUCCUCAGCAAGGAGGCGCUGUACACGGAAUGGGAGAGCGAAGUCAAGGGCAUGGCUGAACGUAUCAUCAGCAUGCGCGAGAAGCUAUUCAACAUGCUCACCCACGACUUGAAGACACCUGGCGACUUCACUGGUUUGAAGAAGGAGCAGACCGAGGCUCUCGCUCAGCGCGCUCAUGUCUACAUGACAGCCGACGGCCGCAUCUCCAUGGCUGGAUUGAACGACAAGAACAUCGCUUACUUUGCCGAGUCUGUUGACGGUGCCGUUCGUGGCUCGCUCUAG